GGACCGCUUCACACACACACACUGCGCUCAAUCCGCUCUCUAUGACCUUGUGGCUGGUAUCUCCUGCUGCCGUCAUACCGGGCGCCCAUUCACCGGGCUGACAGGCGGACACUCCCCCUCCAUGGACCAGGCUGUCUGUGACCCCCUCUCCCACCGCCACUAGCAUGCCAUGGAGCCGCUGGAGGAGCGUGCCCGCCGCCGGGGCAUCAUGCUGCUCUCCGGGGGAGGCUGGCUCAUACCCACCUGCCUGCUGUGCACAUACGGCUUCUUCGCCAACCUGCGCCCGUCCGAGCCCUUCCUCACCCCCUACCUGCUGGGUCCGGACAAGAACCUCACCGAGAGACAGGUACCGUGCUGGGCAGGGAGAGCUGGCAUCAUACAACCACAGGGCUGUAUGAGGGGGUCACAGCAUCACCACAAUAUUCAUAGAAUAUAUUAUAUAUACUGUGUUCAUAUACAACACUCAGAGUGUUAGAACUAACUUUAUAUAUCACAUUAUUAUUAUUAUUAUUAUAUAAAUGGAGUAUAAUAUUACAACUAACUUUUAUAUAUCACAUUAUUAUUAUUAUUAUUAUUAUAUAAAUGGAGUAUAAUGUUAUAACUAACUUUAUAUAUCACAUUAUUAUUAUAUAAAUGGAGUAUAUUGUUAUAACGUGUUAUAUAACUACAUUAUUAUAUAGUAUAAUUAUUGGAAUUUACUAUGUUACUAUACAACUAGGUGAUAUAACUUCAAUAUCAGUGAGUGACUAAUCUUAUGUCAUAUUUAUAGAAAUAUACAGUAAAUGAUGCUCCCAUAUAGUGACACAGCUUCACAUCACAGUGUAUUUACAGCAAAAUCUACAAUGGUGCAGUAUUUUUGGUGCACACAGGGUGAUACAGUGUAUCGAUCAGAGUAAUUGCAUUGAUCCCUUCAGGUGUUGUUGUAAAAACUAUUGUUGUCCUAACGUAACACUCCCUUAUUUAUGAGAACUCUACGGUAUGCUUUCCAUGGAACUUCAUAGCAGGUUAUAUCUGUCUGUACUACGUUCGGAGAAUAUCCUAGAUUAAAGAUUCUAUUCAGUAUGUCUACUGUGCUUAAAUGGUAGUAUUUCAGCAAGUUUCCUAUUUCAUUGGUGCUCCAUCUCUCAUUGAGUAAUAAAGAGACUGCAUGCAAUAGUUGGGUAACACGUGUCUAUCCGGUGCUGACAAACUCAUCUGUUAAUGUAUGAGAGUUCCUUCACACUACAAGCAUUUUAAACGAAAACCUAAUAUUUAAUAUUCAUGCAUAUUUUGUAGCUGUUUUACUACCACAGUGUUUAGAUGUAAUGCUGUACCUAUAGUUACAAUUAUGCCAAGUCAUGGUUGUCAUUGUGACAGGUGCACUUUUUGUACAACGUGAAUAUAUCUUUUUUUUUUUUUUUUUUUUCAAAGUGCUUUUUUUGUGUCAACAAAAACGUAAAGGUCACCAGAGUAAUUUUUGUUUUAAAUGACUGUGUCUUUUAUGGAUCAGUUUAUUUUAAAAAUAAAGUGUUAAAGUUGCUUAAGCAGCCUAACGACAGGUUAUUUAAAGGGACAGUAUAGGCACCCAGACCACUUUGUUGCGAUGAAAUGCUUUUAGUGUUGGUCACUCUCAACCAUUACGGUCUCCUCCAUCCUAAUAGAGUGAAUAUGAAGUAAAAUGCAAUUAAAUUGUGUUGUUGCUCAGCAUGUUCCUGUAAAAUCCCAAAGAUGACUUGAUUUUUUUUUUUCUUUUUUCUUUUUUUUUUUUAAAUCACCGCUAUAUCACAGUAUGCAAAAUUAAAUAACGGAUUUACUGAUUUAAAGCCGCACUGUCACCCAAGUCCCCUGACAGUGACAUCGCCUCUGGGGGGGGCAGGUAAAUGUGAGUUUACUUACCUGAACCUGUCACUAGCCGACGCCACCAUUUUGACCCCGCAGGUUCUCUUCGGAGCCGACAUCACUGCUACUUUUGCACAUGUACAAUAUUGAGACCUCUGGAGCAUCCUCCAUAGACACUGCCAAUUCCCUGCAACCGCCAGGUUUAAUCAGAUUGAAAAGUAUAUUACCAAUCAUUUCACAUGUAGGGGUAACCAGAUCUGUUGGUGAAAACACCAGCUGUAGUAACUACUCUUUUCUUUUCUACUUCUUGCAGAAUGUUUUUUACAUUUUAACUUUUUUUUUUUUUCAGGUUUUUAAUGAAAUAUAUCCUGUUUGGACAUACUCCUAUUUGGCGUUGCUGUUCCCCGUGUUCUUAGCAACAGACUUUCUCCGUUAUAAGCCGAUCAUUAUUUUGCAAGGUUUGAGCCUAAUUGUUACCUGGUUCAUGCUUCUAUAUGCACAAGGAACCCUAGCCAUUCAGUUCCUUGAGUUUUUCUAUGGUAUUUCAACUGCAUCAGAGGUAGCUUAUUACUCUUAUAUCUACAGUGUGGUUGACUCUAAGGUCUAUCAAAAAGUUACCAGCUAUUGUCGUACGGCCACGUUGGCUGGUUUCACUGUUGGUUCUUUUACCGGCCAGAUUCUUGUUUCAGUGGGCAACUGGUCUCUGUUCCAUUUGAAUGUGAUUUCCUUGACCUGCGUCUCUGUUGCUUUUGCCACUUCAUGGUUUUUACCAAUGCCAAUGAGAAGUCUAUUUUUUCACCAAAAUGCAAAUCGUCGUGCCAGUAAGCUAAUGCAAGUUAAAGGUUCUUCAAACAGAAGCUGUAUUAAAAAUGAAGAUUUGGCAAGAGUUUCUGAGUCAGAAGAUCUCGAAGCACAGGUCCCGUUAAACCAUAAAGCUCACUCCACUGAUGAUCGGGUAAGGAAGUUUGCAUUUCUUUCUCAUGGGGGAAAAAAAACAUUUUUAAUUUUCUGGGGGUUUACAUUCUAAUUGACUUGUGGUUCCUAAACAUAGUUUUUUAGUUAUAAUCUGCUUGCAUAAACAGGUUGGGAAUCCCCAAAAGAUUUAGAUUGGUUAAUAUGACUCCUUAAUUUGCAUUAACUCAAGCAGGGACCCAGUUUGAGGACCAAUUAAAGCUGGUAAAUAGUUAUAGAAUUCAGUACCGUAUAAGUUUCCUGUGUAAACUCAGCAUCGAUCUUGAGAGUUCUUGUUCUAGAUUGUAACCAGCAUUAUUGCUACUAAGCUGUGCUCCGCACUUAACCAAUAGCAACUUCAAAAUAAUUUAAACAUAUUACCAUCAAGGGGUCACUCUGUGCUGGAUUCAUCAUUGCAAAGGUCCUGUUGCAGGUAGUUUCGUGCUCCCACUUUCCCUGUUAAGAGUUGUUUAUAUAUGCAGUGAUUUGUAAAACUAACAGAUUCAAAUGCUGAACCUGAAAAUGUUUACAAGAACAAACUGAAUCGGUAAUCAAGAAUAAUGAGGCAGAUUUAACCCCUUAAGGAUGUUAGGGCAUUCCAUGCCAUCUUCCACAGUUUGCUUUAAAGGGACACUGCAGGCACUAUAACCAUUUCAUCUAAUUGAAUUGGUUAUAGUGCUUGGAGUCCUCUGGCACUAGCGCUCCAGUGUUUUUAGCCAUUUUCGAGUACUUUUACAGAGCCUGGCCCUACUCAAGGUAUGGCUAAGAGGGAGAUUACAUAUUUCUAUUUAGUCCUAGUAAUUCAUACCAGCAAUAGGUGCCAUAAUAAGCUGAAUGCAGUCAGCUGGCACUGAGCCAAUCACAGAUUCUCGUUGCUGCUCAGGCUAAUGUUUCCUCGUUAGUCCAAGCAGUGCAGAGGGAAUGGGUUGACGGGAACUCUUGUCUAUCAUAAAAAAUGUUAUUCUGAAUGAAAGGAUGGUGUCAGUGGACUUCAGACCCUAUAACCACUUCAAUGAGAUGAAAUGAUGAUCGUUCCUACAGUGUUGCUUUUAUAAUGUUAAGAGAACAUGAAAAAUACUAAUAUUUUGGUGUGAGCCGGGUUUAAUCAAAUCCUGGGGUAAAAAAAAACCCUGACUGCAUUUAUAUAUGCUGAUGGUCAACCAGCACCAUAUCCGGGUGACUGGCAGGAAGGAAGUAACUCCAUGUAAUGUUUCUCAGAAGCCCGGCAAGGCCACGUUCCCCUCCCCCGCCCCUCCCGUGGUACACCAAGAUCACAACCUUGUCGCUGGUGGUAUACUAGGCAUUAAUAAUGUGCUCGGAUGUGAAGUGGAAUUUCGUUUCUCUUCUUGGCACCUCCAAUGGCACAUCUGGUGGGAACAAAAGUAAUUACAGGAGAGCCCGCAGUGAUGACAUCCGCCCCAUAUUGACACAUGACCACAUGUACCUCUGGCUGACUGCAGUUACACUUGCAAUCUCAAAACCUCUGUGCAAUAAGGUACGUUUAUUAGAUUAGACACACACACACACACACACACACACACACACACGGGAAGAAUGAGAAAGAAGAGCGGAAUAAGUGAUGGAGGGGGGAAUGAGAAGAGAAAAACAAAGGGGUGGUGGUAGGAGAAGAGAUAAACAAGUGAGAGAAGGGGAAAUUAACAAGUGAGACCUUCGUGGGUAAGGGAGAAAUGUGGAGAAAGGCGAAGAGAAACACAUGUACAACAUAGGGUUGGAGCCACAAGGAGGCUAUCAGAAACAGUUGGUGCAAAAGCCACAAGAGAGGUGUGAGCAUGACCAUACCAAGACAACGGUCUCAUAUUCCAACUGUGACGCUCUCAACACAAUCUGUCCAAAAAAUGGGAAAUUCAUUCCACUUUGUUACAUUCUGUUAACUAUCUAUAGAGUUUGGCUACUUUCAUGUGGAGUAUAAAACAAAACUUCUGCAUCCAAUCCACAUUAGAGCUGUGAUCAGAGAAAUAAGUAAAUCACUGGUCCUCUUAAUGCACGCUGUUUUGUUUAUAGCAGUUCAGCUCACUCAGUGUUGUCAAAAUAAGAAAUUCUUUAACCAGGUUUAUGUUCUGCAUCCUUAAUGAGAGGGGGACAAAUGAGAGUGGUUUACAUCCUACAAACUUUAUAUUUGGUUCACAGGUUUUGGAUUAUUACUACUCUAUAAAAAUGUUAAUAUGCAAAAUUACGAAAACAUGCCCCCAUUGUUUGUUAUAUAUUUAUAUGCAAUGUUAGGUCAUCUUUACAUGUAUUUAAGGUAAAGCAUGCCCCACCUUUCCUUUUUAAAAAGUCAUACCAAUAUGUUCGGCAGCAUGGAAUAGAAAAGCGGAAAUACUACAAAAGAAAAAUCAUUAUGCCCUAUUAGUUGACCAAAUUUGGAAAUAUGUAUAUAAAAAAUAAAAUCUGAUUUUAAAGGAGCACUGUAGUGUCAGGAACACAAAUAUGUAUUUCUGACACUAUAGUUCUAAUAUCACGAUUUAGGCCAUCAUCCCCCACCUGCCAGGAAAUUAAAAGGGUUACAACUUUUUAAAAAAAUUUUUUUUACAUUUCACAUUGAGGCACAAGCACCUCACUAAGGACCCACUCCCUAGAUUUGUGGGACAGACUCAAAAUUAAAUCUGAGUUCACCUCAUUCCUCUCACCACUAACGACAAUACUGCGCAACAAAUUAUUCCCGCCAGGCCAGAUAGCUUGCCAUUUUCGCAACUACAAAAAAAAUUAAAAAAAAUAUAUAUAUAUAUAUAUAUAUAUAUAUAUAUAUAAUUCACGCUGACCUCCCAGACAAGGAUGGACUGCAAACUACAGACUUUUUUUUUCGCUUUCUCCAAUUACGAGACUUGGCAAAUAACAGCAGGCACGGCGGCACCCACAACAUUCAAAUGACAAAGCAUGGACUCCCCCAUAUGUAAAGAGCAAAUUUCCACACUGAACAUAUUCUUAACACACACUUCACAACUCAAAUUGCCAUACAUCAAAGCCUGGGAACAAGACCAUGGCCUGCCAGAUGACCCAACUGCCUGAACACCAAACACCCCCGUCCCAGUUUUAUUGUAAAGAACACCCUUUGGCACUAGCAUUGCACUCCCUGACCAUGGUCCAACCAGAACCCCGCAAAGCAAUGGACUUGACGUUGCCCAAAGACCCAUAACCCCCUAAAGGAAACACUCGCAACUGCAUGCACGGCCUAGCCCCCAUGAGGCGACACCUAAAAAAAACCAAAACUGUACACUACCCACUCACUAGUUUGUAACCAUCAGCUAAACUCCCUUGCUAUAUGAAGGGUUAAUGGCAUAGCUGUAAUUGCUGUUUGCUUGACAUAUUGUAACUGUGCCGUACCCUAUCCACUCUUUUCUGUAUCCCAUUUACUUUGGAAAAACCUCAAUAAAUAAUGUUUGAAAAAAGUGCACUAUAGUGUCAGGAACUCAAAUAUGUAUUCCUGACACUAUAGUUCUAAUAUCACUAUUUAGGCCCUCACACCCCCUGCCAGGAAAGUAAAAGGGUUACAACAUACCUUUUUCAAGUGCAUUUGGCUCUGCCCCUGAUCCACCUCCUUCGCUGACAAAAUUGAUGAUCUCAGCCAAUCCCAAUGCUUUCCCGUCUGCAUCUCCUCAGAGAGAUGCAUUGAAUCAAUGCGUCUCUUGAACUCAACUAUACGUGAUUAGUCUAUUUAACUGAAGGCAGUUCCCCUUUCAAUGAUUUCAUCAUUGGCUAUGUAUUUCUUUUUUUUUUCUUUUUUUUUCAAUUUGACAAUUUUUAUUAUCUUUUCAAAAUUCUUAGUGGGGUACAGAAGAGAAGUGGGGAAGGGGGAGUACCAUCAGGUGUUAUAGACAUGGUUAAGUAUUGCUUUGUACAUUACACAUUCCUAACAAUGCUAUGGAAUAUUGAUACAUUCACAGAUAAACUCUACCUCGCCCUAUGUUUCUUCCUUGUACCCGCCUCUGUGUUUCGUGGGUCGGUAGAGGGGAGGGGGGAGGGGGGGUUAACUUAUGUACACGUGUGGGUUCUCGUUGUCGUUGUGUUUUCCUGCGUUUUCCUUCUACAUGUGUGUAAGCUCGUGAUGUGAGCUCUCUCCCUGGCAUUCUUGUCUCUGUUUCUCACUGGCCAGUUCUUAGCGUUCUACCGGGCCUCUAUUGCUGUGCAGCUUCGGCUGCCUGAUGUUUCACCGUGUUCCAAUAUGUGUCCCAGAUGUGACCUGCCUCUGUAGUUACUCCCUUCUUUUCUAGCUGGCGGGCCGCCAUGUACUUGUAUUCCCAGUUCAAUUGGAUUUGGGCUAACAGACUGGCUUUUGUGGGGGCAGUUCUAGAUUUCCAUUGUUUUGCUAUGAGAUUACAUGCCGACACUAUCGUGUGGAAUAGAAGUUUGUCAUGGACCUUGGACAUGUCUUCUGGCCAUAUGUACAAUAGACACAUUGCUGGGGUUAAGUUUAAUUUUAUAGGUAGUAGCUGAUCAAUGAUUUUGUUCACUAUGUUCCAGUAGGGUCGAAUAUCCCUGCACUCCCACCAUAUGUGCAAUAGUGAUCCCCUUUCCAGUCCACAUCGCCAGCAUUGGGCUGAAGUGUCUGGAAAUAUAUGUGCGAGCCUCGUUGGGACCAGGUACCACCUAUAUUGUAGUUUCCUUAUUUGUUCAAGGUGCGUGAUGCAUGCGGUGUUGCCUUUGUGGAUUGUAAAGGCUCCCGACCAUUGAUGCUCUGAGAAAGUGCAUCCUAGGUCCUUGUGCCAUGCCUGUAUGAAAUUGUCUGUGGAGUUAUGUGUGCCUGCUAGUAGCGCUCCAUAAACUCUUGAAAGGGUUCGUUUGUGUGGGUCUCCUCUGAGGCACCACGUGUCGUAGUUGGACACCGCGGGUGUCCUAGGUGGGGGGGGGGGGUGUUGUUGUAGCAUUGAUUUGAUCUGUAAGUAUGAGAAGAGUGCUCUAUUUGGUAUUUUGUACUGUGCUUGUAUGUCCGGAAACUGUUUAAGAGAGGGUCCGUUGUACAGGUCGUGUAUGUGCGUGCACCCUGCUGCUGUCCAUGUCCUAUAGUCAAAUGUUUGGUUUCUCAGGUAUAUGCUAUACAUCGUUGAGGCUAGUGAUGGGUCCCCUGUGCCGCUGAGGUGCGCUCUGCUUGUGUCCCACGUGUGCAACAGUAGUUUUGUGGUUUUCAGCAUAUGGGGUGUUGCUGGUCUCAGGUGUUUUGGUACCCAGAAUAGAUGGUGCAUCCCAGCCCUGCACGACUCAUGGGUUUCAAUAGCUAUCCAUUGUGGCGGGUUUCUUACCCUGUGCGCCGUGGCUACCGUGGAUAGAAGUGCCGCCUUGUAGUAUAGUUUAAUAUCUGGAAAACUCAUGCCCCCUUUCUCUACUGGCUUUUUGAUCGUGGAGAGUGCUACUCUAGGAGUUUUAUUUGCCCAUGUGAAUCGUGUGAUGGUUUUUUGUAACGUGGUCAUGUAUUGCCUAGGGAUGGGGAUCUGCAGUGAACGGAAUAAGUACUGUAGUUUAGGCAGCAGUGACAUUUUAAAUGCCGCUAUACGUCCGUGCCACGAGUGGAAGUCACUGUUCCACUGGUCGAGCGUCUGUGUUAUUUCGUGUGAUAGUUUCUCGUAGUUGUAUUUAAACAUUUGGUGGGUCGUCCUGGCUAGGUUGAUCCCUAAAAACUUUAUGUAAUCGUCUCUCCAGUCAAAGUUGAAAGAUUCCGUCAGAGUUUGAAGAGUUUGUCCCGGGAGGUGGAUUCCCAUUGCCUGUGUUUUUGUAAGGUUAAGUUUGUAAUACGAUACUUUGUUAUAGUCUUGUAUGCACUGUAGGAGGUUGGGUAUGGAUAUUUGCGGUUGCGUCAGGGUUAGGAGUAUGUCGUCCGCAAAGAGGCUGAGAGUGUACUCUCCGUCUCCCACUCGGACUCCGUGGCCCGCCAGGUGGUCCCUAAUCGUAACAGCCAAUGGCUCUAGUGCCAGCACGUACAGCAGAGGGGACAGCGGACACCCUUGUCUCGUCCCAUUUGUAAUUACUAUUUUUUUGGAUACGAAUCCUGAGUUUAAGACCUGGGCCCACGGUGCUGAGUAUAGCGCUCUCACCACCGAGAUGAAGCUUCCCGGGAUCCUGUAUCGCUUUAGGGCCGCCUCCAGAAACCUCCAUCCCAGUCGGUCAAAGGCCUUUUCUGCGUCUAAUGAUAGCAGGAUCCCCCCCCCCCGCCUGUGUUGUCCCUAGGCUUUGCAUAAGGUUUAGGACUUUUCUGGUGUUAUCUGCUCCCUGUCGCCCUGUUACAAACCCCACUUGGUCAUUAUGUAUAAUAUGUGGCAGUAUUGGUCCCAGUCUUAAUGCGUAGAGUUUGGCUAGUAUUUUAGUGUCCGUGUUAAGAAGGGAUAUAGGACGGAAGUUUUGCGGCUGGGUCGGAGGUUUACCCGGCUUGGGUAGGGGGAUAAUAUGGGCCAAUUGCAUCUCCCCCGGGAGGGUUUCUGUGCAUACGGCUUCAUUGAAUACUUCUGCUAGAUAGGGUGCUAAGAUGUCUUUAAAUGUCCUGUAGUAUGAAUUGGCGAAUCCGUCUGGGCCCGGGGCCUUGCCUUUUGAUAGUGACUCUAUCGUGUCGCUUACCUCCUCUGGGGUAACCUGCCUAGAUAGUGUUUCUUGUUGUUGAGUCGUUAGGGUCGGGAGUGUUAUUUUGUCUAAGUACUCCGUUAUGUCUGUAUCUGUCGGGGAGUGUAUGUUGGGAUCCCGUUGAAGGUUGUAUAAGUCCCCGUAAUAGUGUGCAAAUUCGUUACUAAUUGCGAGAGGUGUCAUCACCCUCCCUCCCGUUUUUGAAUGCAAAAACGCUAUUUUCUGUGUUUGCUGUCGUUUUUUUCAACCUUGAAGCUAGCAGUUUACCCGCUCUAUUCCCUUGUGAGUAGUGUGUAGCUUUCAACUUCCUUAAGGUAUAUCCUACUCUGUCGAGCGCAUUUUGGCGGAGUUGUUGGCGCACCUUUGAUAUUUGUUCCUUCAAUUGGUUCGUGGGGUGGACUUGGUUCUGUAAUGUCAGGGUGUAUAUGUCUUUAGCUGUUCAUAAUUAUUUUUGCUCUGUUUUCCUACACAUACACGUUAUAGCCACUUCGGGGUUUUAAUUAUGUCGCUUGAACGCAUGCGCAGGACGCAGACCGGCUUUGCUUGCCGGAUAUAUUGGAACACAUAUCUAUGGCCAUACCAGUCUGAAAAUGCCUGAUCUCGUCAGAUCUCAGAAGCUAUCCAGACUUAGGCCUGGUUAGUACUUGUAUGGGAGACCAACUAGGAACCUCCAUUUCAUUCAGCCGAUUCCCGGGUUCGGCAACUUGAAACGCAUGCUGCUGCUCGCACCUCGCUUUCACUCAGGAAUGAUUGAAUUUUAUCUUUUCCAGUAGCCUGAUCGGCUGAUCUCUGUUCUGGGUGUGUUGAUUUCUUUUAUGUGUAUGUAAUAUGUUUUACUUUUUGUUUAUGUGAAGACCUUUGGUCUGUUCAAUUGAAUAUGCUGUUAUUUGUAAUAGGAUUUAUUUUUUACAGUAUUGCUUACCAUGGCACUGAUGAUGAUCUGUUACUGUCUUUAAUGCAUGCAUAUAUGGAUGUCUUUAAUUUGAUUUGUACUAUUAUAUUUAUUUGCAACUCUUCUUGAUGCUAUAUAUGUAUGAUAGGUGUGUAUAUACUUGGUUUCCUUGGUAACCAUAAACAGGUGUUUGAUGGUUGGGAGGAUCUCAAUCACUAUGGGUGGCCACCCAUUACUUUCAGGUGUUUUUAAUUUUGGUGUUUCCUGUGGGUAUAUAAGGGGAGAACUUAGUUUCUCAACAUGCUCCCUUGACAAAGGCUUUUCAGCCGAAACGUUGUUUUUUUUUUUUUUGAUUGACUCUGUCCCUACUUCUCACUGAAUUUGGUAUGGUUUGCUACAUUUUUUUUAUAUGUCUGGGUUUUCAUUAUACUAGUAUUAUAGAGGACUGUUUGCAUGAUAUUUCUUUCAUUCAUUUAUUACGCAUUGAGCGUUUAUAUUUGCCUAUAUAAUUGCUUUUCUGGUAAAUGCUUUUGAAUAGCAUGACUUUGUACCUCUGUGGAUAAUAUUUAAAGAGACAGUCCUAUAGUAUAUACCCAUUUAAUAAAGAUUUAUAUAUAUAUAUAUAUAUAUAUAUAUAUAUAUGAUUUAUGGUUGUGCUCCUUACUCUAUUCACACGUAUAUGUCUUUCUGCCAUUGUAAUAUCUGCGUCUGCGUUUUUCUUUUUAGGUAUGCUGCUCUCUUUAUAAGGAGUCCCUGGGUUACCGUUUUAUGGGCCUGCCAUAUUGUGUGGUGUUGUAGAUCAGGGUUGGCAUUAUCUGUAAAGUAAUGUUGUAAGGAGUCAGAAACACUCUCCGAGAAGGACUUGUCCAACAGGAGGGUUUAAUUGAGUCGCCAAGGACUCCUGUGUUUAAAAUCAUAGGUAUCCCUUAAUGUCAGUUCCAUAGGAGCGUGGUCAGACCAUGCUAUCUGUCCCACUCUGCAGUCCACUAUCUGCUCAAGUGCCCCUCCCACCACCAGGAUCGCGUCUAUUCUCGAGUAGGUAUUAUGGACCUGUGAGUGAUGAGUGUAUUCCUUAUCCUCUGCGUGUGUGACUCUCCAUGCAUCAUAGUAAUGGUGCAGGGCCAGUAGUUUCGCUAGUGUUGCGCUUUGCCACUUAAGUGGUCUGUAUCUCGGGCUAUUUUGAGAGAGUGUGGUGUCCAGGGCCGGGUUAAGAACAUGGUUUAGGUCCCCACAUAUUAUUGUCGUGCCUUGUUGGAUAUUGGAUAUUCUGGAGAUUAUUUUGUGUAUAAAAUUCCUCUGAUUGGUGUUGGGGGCAUAUACGUUAGCUAUUGUGUAUAAGACAUUAUUUAUGUUCCCUACUACGAUGACAUAUCUGCCUUCCCUAUCUGUAUCUUCAGUUAUCAGUUCAAAAGCCACCUUUUUACUUAUCAGUGUAGAGACUCCUUUCGAUUUGGUGUUAGACGUGGAGUGGAACUGGUGAGGGUGUGACUUGGUCAAAAUGCUGGGAUGGGUAUUGCCUCUGAAAUGUGUUUCCUGUAGACACACUAUGUCAGCAUCUAGUUUCCCAAUGUCCCUCCCCAGGAGGUGCCUUUGUACUGGGAGGUUGUGUCCUCUCACAUUAUGGCUGUAAAACUUUAUGGUGGUAUAUAUGGGAAAGUGUUGCUCUUGCUUAUUUUGUAUUGAUCUAUCAUGAGUCUCUGCCCUCCCCAGCUGUUUCGAGCCGGGCAGAUCUCUAUUGCUGUGACCCUUAGGUUAAGUAUAGGGCAUGUCAUCCCAAGGUCCCUCUUCGGUGGGAGGAGCUCAUGCCGUGCUGAGGUGUAGAAGUUAGGUAGCGUGUUUGGGCCGCCCACUAGGCCCUGAGGUGGGGGGAGUGGUUUGGGGGGUGGGGGGGGGCGAUAUAACAGUACAAUUGGAGGUUACUGAAUCCUCUGUCUUGCAGAGUUCGAACUUAUAUACAAUCUUAAACAGAAAUGCCAGAUUUAUGGCAAGGUUCCCGUAAGGGGAACCGUGGGGGUCGGAGCGUAUCGCUUCGAUCCUGGUUAGGGUGCUGCCGCGAGGGUGGCCCUCAUGGUGUGUAUUGGUGUGUUUGUUUGUUUGUUGACCCGUUCAACGGUAUCAUGUCUGUACAUUGAGGACAAUAUAAUAUGGUAAGCCAUCCAGCUUUAGUAGUAAGUGGCCCCAGGGUCAUGUUUGGGUAUUGUGCUUAUGCCUGCCUCUCCGUACCGUACGUGGUGGGGUUGUUUAUAUAAUUUUUUUUUAUUUUUUUUAUUUUUUUCUUCUCCCCACUUCUAUCAAUUGGUAGUACGGUUUGGAAGGGAUCAUGUACAGGCUGCGGUGGAGGUCUGCUUGUCCCUUGGUUAACAGUUCACAGUGUGUGUGGGAUAUCAGUUCCCCCCCCACCCUUUACCCUAGCCUUGUGUAGCUAGUCUCGUAGCUAUAUUUACAAAUUAUUUAGUGUGUCAUGGGCUGGCUGUGCAAUGUUGUUGUUAGUAGUGCAAGAACAAGAUAUACUUGCGGACAUUAGUAAAGUUCAUUGGAGCGUCAUUUUCAGGUGGCUAUUUUCGUGCCUUCUUCCAAGCUGAGAGUUGUCGCCCGUUGGGUGCAGGUCUUGGUUUCUCAGUUGGUGGAGUGAUACCCAAUUCCUGCAGCUUUUGAAGGCCUUCCUCUGGGGACAUGAUGGUUGUGAGAGCGCCGUUACGUUGGAUGAGAAGUUUAGUCGGAUAUCCCCAUCUGUAUGCUAUGUUGUUGCUGCGUAGGGCUUCUGUGAUGGUGCCGAAUGACUUCCUUUUUCGUAGUGUCAUGGCCGAGAUGUCUGCAAAGAUCCCAAUCUUCUGAUAUUCCACUGGUAUUUCUUUUCGGACUCUGCUCGCCUUGAGAACCGCCUCCUUUGCGUGAUAGUAGUGCAUCUUCAAUAUUAUGUCUCAUGGUAUGUCUGCAGGUAGGUAUGAGGGUUUCGCCACCCUGUGUAUCCGGUCCAUCAACAGGACAUCUUGCGGUAGAUCGGGUACAAGCAUGUGGAAGAGCCCCGUGGCGUAUACGGGCAAAUCCGCUGGGCCUAUGCUUUCGGGCACGUUCCGCAGCCUCUUGUUGCUGCGACGCGCGCGGUCUUCCAUGUCUGCAAUCUUGGCCUCAUAGUCAUUCAGCCGGUCCCAUACCUCUUCCACUUUAGUGGUUAGGCGGGUUUGUGCCUCCAUCUGGUUUUCCAGGUCUGAAGUGCGAGAGCUCAGUUUGUGUAUAUCCGUGCAGAGGUCUGUGAACGAUCGCUGCAGCGUGCCCUGUAGCUUUGCCGCCAUAUCAUCGAACAUCGCUUGCAGGCCCUCCGUGGUGAGCAUGAGGUUUGCGGUCUCGGUUUGCAUACUUUGUGCGCCCUCCAUUUCGGCGCCAUCUUGUUGUUCCUCCGGUAUAGUGGCUCCUCGCGUGUGCCCCUGUUUGGCACUAAAAAAGAGCAGUUUAUCUUGUUUGUCGGAUGCCCGUUUGCUUUUGUUGUGGGACAUAGUGAUAGCGUGUCCCAAUGUUCAAUUUGCUGCAGUUUCGGGUCGUCAAUGCUGCAUGAGGGCCUUAACUUUCCCGGAGCUAGCAGAGCAUGCGACCGCUUGCGUUCACGUCCAGGCCACGCCCCCCCGGCUAUGUAUUUCUAAUGGUAUACAACAAACAAAAUGUGUGUGUGUGUGUGUGUUGCAAGAUACAAAGAAUGUAGUUACACAUUUGUAACUAACCCAUCUGAUGUAUAAUCUGCUUUCAUCAAUCCAGCCUCACUUAAAGCCUCACCUGAGUUGACAUUACAUAGUUUGCUUUCAGUACAAAUGUCCUCAUAUGACAUUCCAGGCUUAGGGCGUAAGCUUUGAUUGGGAAAAGCUGAGGAUUCCUCGCCACCCAAAAUGCUUGGAAACUGGAAGGACUGAACCCAUAUAGUCCUUGCAUCAUAACCACUACAAUAAGCUGUGCUUGCUAGGUUGCUUUUAUUGUCCCUCUUAACAUGAUAAAUUUUAAUAAAAAAGAGAGCACAUACACACAAACAAUUUAAAAAUAUAAAAUGAAUUAAAAAUAGUAGAUAAUGAAGCUCAAUACAUAUCGAACUUCCCUAAUUUGAAUACAAUAAAGUAUACAAAAAUAAUGUCAGCACUUGGUGAAUACUCCCCUCUUGAAUAAAUAUUCAGGGGUAUCACUCAAAUAUAAUCUAGUCUGUUUCCAAUUGUUGGAUCCACAUCUAAACCACUGUUAUAAAACCAGGGACGUUGGGCAGAUACAUACAAACAGAUUAUACCCGAUGUCCCUGGUUUUAUAACAGUGGUUUAGAUCCUGCCCACAAAACUAAACAAAAUCAGGGCUCACGUUAACCACUGGCAUUUAUCUAUGGCUUCCAGUGGCGAGUACGUUUUUAGGCCUGUCUAAAAUUUUAGAAGACAACUCUCCUCAAAUUGUCACUUCUCGUUUUUAUUACAUUAAAUAAAAUUUUACGAUGAGCAGCAGUUAGUCAGAUCACAGUAGGGUCUGACCCAACAUGACUGCUCAGUUAGAAAAAGUAAAAGUUUCUCAGAGAAAAGGCAGUGUUUACUGAUUAGGAACACCUCUAGUGGCAGUCACUCAGAUGGCCACUAGAGGUGCUUCCUGGGUCAAUGUUGCACAAUGCAGAGCAUGGUGAUGCUGAACAUUCCCCAUAGAGAUUCAUUGAAUUAGUGCAUCUCUAUGAGGAGACGAGGAUUGGCGCAGUUCAGAGAUUUGUGGCGUGUGUGCAUCAGCCUUCCAGUGCUUUCCUAUGGGAAAGUAUUGGAUUGGCAGACAUAAAGAAGUUUGGGGGGCGAAGGGGGCAGGGCCAACCGUGACAGAAACACGCAGAGCUGGAAGAAAGGCGAGUUAAAUCACCUUUCACUCCGCUGACAGGGUGGCCGGUGGUCUAAAUUGUGUUUUCAUAACUAGGGACAAAAGAUUUGUAUUCCCUUUUUUAAAACUUUUUUAUUUUAUUUAAGGUUUUAUUAGCUUGUUUACUGGAAGUUUACAAAAUCAAUUCAUGGAAUUUACCUAAUAUUUCCUUGAAUGCAAAUAUUUGCUUUAUGAGCAUUUCUAACUCUGUGUUUCAACAUCUAGCAGUAGGGUGUAUCCAGUGUUACCAGGCAAUUUCUAAUACUUGUAAUGUAGCUUUACAAACAUUCGUUUGAUGUUUGUCAUAGAUGUAAGGACCAACAUACAUAGUUAUUCACAGAAUCAUGAAUUGCUGGAAAUUCAAAAAUAAUUUCAAAUUGUAGGCCAAAGUGGACAAAAGAAAACACAAAACGGGCUUGGAGAGUUUAUUUUGGCCUGAAAUUUGAAACUUUGUCUGAAUUUCCAUAAAUUCAGAGUUUAGUGAACAACCCUAGUCAUGAGUAGAAGUGUUCUUGUGAAGCUAUUCAGAGUAUAAAACAAAGAUUCAAAGCUGAAUGGCAAUUGCUUUACAUUUCCUAGCCCUGUCCAUCAUACCCUAGGUUUCAGAAUAAAGGUAUAUCAAAUUUUCUGUAAAAGAACACAACUUCAGUUCAUUCAAGUUGUAAUAGUGUAGUGUUUUCAACAAAAUUGUUACUCACAAAUCCCCUGGAUUCCUUCCUCUCUGCCGCUGCAGAACAAGAAAGGUUUCAAAUCAUUUCUCUCCGUGAGCGGAAGUUGUUAGGGAGGUGGGAAUGUAUCCUUGUGUUUUAGUCAUUGUAUACUGAAUCGAAUUUAAUUGAUUACUAAAGUGUCGGGAAUACAAACAUGUAUUCCUGGCACUACAGUACUGAGGUACCUGCUUAGGUUACUGGCCCCUCUCCAAUCGCAUUAAAAAGGUACCUUUUGCUCACCUAUUUGUAUUGUCGAAGCUGGCCCUGCCUCCAUGGCUGAAAUCCUCAAACUUUAUGAUCUCAGCCAAUCCAAUGCUUUCACAUAGGGAAGCAGUGGGAGGCUAUUGUACAUGCGCGGCAAAAUGCCAAGCUGCAGCAAUUGGCAACUCCUCAUAGAAAUGCAUUGAAUCAAAGCAUCUCUGAGGAAUGUUCAGCACCUUCAUGCAGAGCGUGGAGAUGCUGAAUGCCAUGUGAAGCACCGAUUACUAUGCACAAAUGUAAACACUUCCUUUUCCCUGCAAAGGCAGUGUUUACAGUGCUAACACUGCAAGGACAUGCUAGAGAAACCAGAGCCACUACAUUAAGCUGCAGUGGUUCUGGUGAAUAUAGUUUCCUUAUAAUACAGCUUUGCCUUUGUGUUGGCAAAGAGUUGAGCUAUAAAACCGUUAAUGCUUGAUUUUAAAUGUAAAAGGAAAAACAUAACGUUUUCAUUUGUUAUAAGGCUUUUUGGUUUCAUGAAAUCCACAAUGCAUUAAAUACACAUUUUACAUGAAUGUUCUUUCAGGAUAUCAUUUAAUUUUAAUUUAGGAAGGCAAAUUAUGACUUUUUUGUUUUGUUUUACAGGUUGCAGAACAGACCAAUAUUAAUUUACUAAAUGUGCUAAGGAUACUUUGGAAUGAUUUUCUAGAAUGUUACUCUUCUCAUACACUGCUCUGCUGGUCGGUUUGGUGGGCCUUUUCUACGUGUGGAUACUGCCAAGUUAUUAACUAUGCUCAGGGAUUAUGGGAAAAAGUUGCACCGUCUUCCCAUUCAGACAUCUAUAACGGUGUGGUUGAAGCAGUUUCUACGCUCCUAGGUGAGUUCAGUGUCUUACAGGCUUUACCAUCAGAGAAGCAUGUACAUAAACACACACCAUUGUUAAACUAGGACAGCAGUAGACGGAGGUGAUCUCCUACAUGCAGAUAAUCAAAACAAAUUUGAAAUGUUUGGCUUCUACCCUGAUAACAUGCAAUAAUACAGGGCUUGACAAAUUUGCUUGAAAUCUAGGAGCCAGCUAAAAAAGUUAGAAGCCAGAUUUCUCAACGUUAAAAACACAAUUCUUAAAGGGGCACUAUAGUCACCAGAACCAUUACAGCUUAAUGUAGUUGUGCUGAAGUCUAAUGUCCCUGCACGCUUUUCAGUGUAAACACUAACUUUUCAUACUAAAGGCACAGUUUAUAUUGCUGUCUGGUAAAACCUCUAGUGACAGUCACUCAGAAGGACUCUAGAAGUGCUACCCGGGUCAGUGCUGCACAGUGUGCAGCACCUACAUUAAUGCUCCCUGUAGGGAUGCAUUGAUUCAAUGCAUCUCUAUAAGAAGUUGAUUGCGCAGCAUUGCAUUUUGCCGCGCAUGUCAUAGUCUCCUAUUGUUUUUCUAUUGGGAAGCAUUGGAUUGCCUGAUUGAUCUCAACUAUGAAGGUGGGACCAGCAGUGGCGUCACCAGAGUAAGCAUAAAAACACCUUUCCCAGGUGAUUGGGGGACAGGUCUCCUAAACAUACUCACUGACACAAACACACUCUCACUCAAUGACACACCCACACAUGGCAAAACUCACAUUCACUCACAAAUAAUUACUUUUAUUAUUUUAAAUCCACCCAGCCUCCCUACCUUUGGGAACGCUGGAGUGGAUUAGCUUUACCUGGGGUCCAGUGGUGCUGAUGUCAUUUCUCUGCUCUGCUCCUUAGAGCGCUGUUUAGUGACACAGGGCCGGAAUGAUGUCAUAUUCCACUCCUGGCAUCACUGGAGGGUGCAGAGCAGGGAGAUUACAGCUCCCUCGUUGCCGCACUCAUUCAGCCGCCUGCGGCCCGCUUCCGUCAACUCUAAAUAUGUCAACCGCCUGCACACCUCAGUCCUGCGUGAGCAUACUGCCCGCCUCCAAUCUCGGGCAGCUGGUCACCUCAUGGGCUGAACAGGCUCACAAAUCCCAGGCGCCAGGUCAAAUUUCCUGGUCGCAAUGGCGAGCCCUGCGAAAAAAAAAAAUCUAUCCAUCUUAUCUAUCCUACCUAAAACAUCAAAUGGAAAAGUAAACCCUCAAAUCUUUUCAUGAGUACAUUUGAGUAUUAGAAUAGUAGGUAAAAUCCUUCACUGAUUGGUGCUAAAGAUGCCAGAUAUCCUAACAGUUGGUGUUUUUGACAGAACUGAAAGAACAUUUAAUCAGAUGGAUGGUAAGAGGUAGUUUGUGAGGAGUGAUCCAGACUGGGACCUAGGGUUGCAUUAAAAUUUGUGCCUAUAAUAAUUAUCUGCUAUUUGGAUAGGAACUUCUUUGGUUCCAGAAGUCUGGAUCUGGAGUGGGUGGUGCAUACACAUUUUUCAUUGUCCAUUUUUGUUGCAGCUGUUAACCUUGAAGCAGAAAAAGUUUGUAGGAGGCAGCAUAAGAAAAUUCUAUUUGUAGUGAGCAUGUUUGGAAAGCUACUUCAUUUUCCUUCUGAGUAUUGGAAGCAAAGAAGACACUUGGAUAAGCUCCAACUCGUAGAGUAGGGGGAUUACGGAAGGAAAAGUGUUUCCUGGAUAAGUGAUGUCAGUAUGCGUUCUUUUGCGGUGUCGCUGGAGCAUUUGCCUUUUCUGUGGGUUGAUCAAACAAUGCACAUCAAAGGAGGUUAGUUUUACUGAGGUUUGUCUGGAAAGUGUAGGUGUGGGAGGAGUCAUGUUGUCCCUUGAUGCAGAAAAGAGAGAGAAGUAGGAGGAGAGAAUUCAGAAAGAGAGAACUGGAGGCAAAACCUGAGCGGUGCAGAUGCAGUGUGUUCCGCAGAACUUGGGUAAAGUGGAGAGGUGUAUCAGUUUAACAUCAUAAUAUACCUUUUGAAUACAGCUGAAAAAACCAAAUAGCAUCUCAAACACAGACUGCUCCUAAACACAUUGCACUCAAAGGUUCGUCUUCACAUGGUUCAUUGACAGUAGUUGUAUAACAUAGGGGAGAGAGCAAGCAUAUGCAUAUUUGUGUUUUUUUUUUUUUUUUUUUUUAUACUGGAAUGAGGUAAAUACUCAAAAAAGUAUUUUAAAGAUUGAAUCUAAAAAUUCUAAAAUCCCCAGACUCUGUCAGCCUAACAGGCUGAUCUGUAAAAUGAUGGACAGAAAACUCUUAAAAUCUGUCCCUUUUUACCUUCACUUUAACAUGUAAAAUGCAGCUAGCAGUAUAGAAACAUAGAUGUGACGACAGAUAAGAACCAUUGUCUGCCCAAUUUUCUCUACUUAUUAGUCCCUGCCUUAUCUAUAGUAUUAUGCCUAUCCACGCAUGCUUAAACUCCCUUACUGUGUUAACCUCUACCACUUCAGCUGGAAGGCUAUUCCAUGCAUCCACUACCCUCUCAGUAAACUAAUACUUCCAGAUAUUAUUUUUAAACCUUUGUCCCUCUAAUUUAAGACUAUGUACUCUUGUUGUGGUAGUUUUUCUUCUUUUAAAUAUAGUCUCCUCCUUUACUGUGUUGAUUCCCUUUGUAUAUUUAAAUGUUUCUAUCAUAUCCCCCCUGUCUCGUCUUUCCUUCAAGCUAUACAUGUUAAGCUCCUUUAACCUUUCCUGGUAAGUUUUAUCCCGCAAUCCAUGAGUAUUGCAACUAAAUGUGUAUAACAUUAGGAAAGAACUUGUCUUCAAUUCAGUUGCAUGUUUUGCUGCUGUGUUGUCUCAUACUGCAGGUAUAAAUGCCCUUUUGAUUUAUACAUAGACAUUUUAUGCCCUGAAUAUCAAUCUGUGGCAUGCUUCUUUGCUUGAGACAUCUGAUCCUGAUGUACAUUUUAUUUUGCACCUUAUACCAGGGGUGCCCAAAAGGUAGAUCCCCAGAUGUUAUUAAAGUACAGCUUCCAUGAUGCUUUGUCCUUUUAAAGACAUGCAAAGUAUCGUGGGGAUUGCAGCUCUACGACAUCUGGUGAUCUACCUUUUGGGCAUCCCUGUCUUAUACCAAUUGAUUUUGGUUCUGUGAUCAUCUCUCUGUUUACUUUGCUUGUCAAACAACGCUAGAAUGUAUUGUAGAUCUGGUCUUUGUAUUUAAAGGACCACUCUAGGCACCCAGACCACUUCAGCUUAAUGAAGUGGUCUGGGUGCCUGGUCCUUCUAGGGUUAACCCAUUUUUUAAUAAACAUAGCAGUUUCAGAGAAACUGCUAUGUUUAUCAAUGGGCUAAGCCUUCCCCCUAAUUCUCUAGUGGCUGUCUCAUUGACAGCCACUAGAGGCGCUUGCGUGCUUCUCACUGUGAUUUUCACAGUGAGAGCACGCAAGCGUCCAUAGGAAAGCAUUGUAAAUGCUUUCCUAUGCGACGGGCUGAAUGCGCGCGCAGCUCUUGCCGCGCGUGCGCAUUCAGCCCAGAAGGAGGAACGGAGGAGGAGAGAUGGAGGAGAGCUCUCCGCCCAGCGCUGGAAAAAGGUAAGUUUUUAACCCUUUCCCCCUUCCAGAGCCGGGCGGGAGGGGGUCCCUGAGGGUGGGGGCACCCUCAGGGCACUAUAGUGCCAGGAAAACGAGUAUGUUUUCAUGGCACUAUAGUGGUCCUUUAAUGCUGUGUAAAUAACUUUCUUUAGAUGUAUUUCGAGUUUGUCUGUUGAUAGACCUUGUAUGGGGGAGAUAUACUAACUUUCUUUCAAAUGAAACCUCCCUUUUGCUGCGGUAGUUAAUGUAGUAAAACUUUUUUUUUACUUUAAAUCAUAACAAGCACUGGAUAAAUCCAAAGGAGGAUACGCUCAGUAUGUCUCUUCCUGUUACCCCUGGUGUGGCAUUAAGCAGAGUAUAGCGCAAUAUCUGCCAUUACAUUGUUGGAGGCCAGGCUUCAGGCUGUCUUGGACUGAGCAUCUCUGCUAAAUGGUGAGUAAACGAUUGAGCAGUGAUGCAGGACCCAACGCCAACCUUUUCUAGGCACUAUAACUACUUCAUUCAGUUCAAAAGAUUAAGGUGCCCACAGUGUUCCCUUAAGGCACGUAUGAGAAGCACCUGAUUGGAUUUCAUCAUGAUUGAUAACUUCUAAUUGGAUAAAGAUAUCCUGGCCCUGGAAUAAAUGUAAGCUUGAAAGUGUUAAUUUAAGCAGAUCUGUCCCUUUCAGAGGUCUUUGCAUACUUUGCAAAGAAUUUCAAGGGUGACAUCAAUGGUUAGGGACUGGUAGCCAUGCUAUGGGUUGUAGAGGAAGUUAGGAAUACUUGUAUAAAGCGGCAACCACUACCUUCUUGAUGACCUACUUAAUCUCCCAGUGCUUCAUCUGCCAGGAGCUGUGUCAGUGAUGGACUCUCCCACAUACGCUAGAUUACAACAUUAAGGUUUAUACAUCUUGUCUUGCUAUAAGCAAGAUGAUGCCUGCAUCGUACAGCCGUCACUUUUGAUGGCUACUUGUAUUCGGCAAAUCUAUUCGGACUAAUCUAAUCUUUAAAGUAACACAUCUAAUGAUGGGGGGGGAAAAUGAUUAUUGUUCCUAAACUCUGCACAGCUACAUUCCAUUCUAAGGGAUAAAGUUCCCAGCAUGCAAUGGAGGGAGUUUAACAAAUCCAUAAACAAACUUCACCAGGGACUUGUUGAAUUAAUCCAGAUUAUCAUCUAAUUAGAGAUUACUGUUGACCGAGCAUUUUUGUACUAUUGUGUAUUUUUUUUUUUUUUUUAUAUAUCUAUAUCUCUUCAUAGAUAUCACCUAAAAUGUGAUGAUGAGUUCAACUUUAUCUAUCUGACUUGAUGUUUGUAUUACAGGAGCUGUUGCUGUUUUUGUUGUUGGUUACAUUAAAAUGUCCUGGUCUACUUGGGGAGAACUGCUGCUUGCUCUAUUUUCAUUGAUCAUUGCCGUUAACGUAUACCUUAUGGAAUCCAUCGGUAGCAUUUGGGUUUGCUAUGUUUGUUACAUUCUCUUCAGGGGCAUCUAUAUGCUUCUCAUCACAAUAGCAACGUAAGUGGCUGCAUAUGUCUUACCUGUGUAAUAUAAAUGCUACUUAAAAUUUAAUUUGAAAAAAAAAAACUCCUGCCAGUGCAUCAACACCACUUGAAAAAUAGCUAGGAUUAUAGUUAGCUAUGCUCAUUGCUAAGAUUCUGGUGUAAGAACGUCCCCUGUGUUUCUGCACACAGUUGCUUGUAACCGCUUGCAAAACAACACUGCAGUUAUAAGCAAUGUCCCCUCUAUUUUUUCUUAUUUGGUAUUUGCAGAAAUUUUUUGCUCUGCAAAUUCUUUUCCCAGUUCAAAAUUUUGUGCACACUGAAUGUUUGUGUGCAUGUUAAUCUGAAAAUGGUUAUCGAUUUUAAUUUUGGUACAACACAGCCUCUCUCUCAUGGUUUAUACCACUACAUUAGUAGUUACACAACAGUUACUGUACUGUCAUACAUUCAGACAGACAAGCUUCUCUGCUAAUGCCUGUUUUGGCAUAUUUUUCCUAUUUGACAGUCCUUAGAAAACAAUAAUAAAUGGGGUAAAUGUGCAGACCAGGAAGGGUACACACAAUUAAAACUUUUCAAGAAUACUAUAUACUUUGCCACGAAGCUUCAGCCCCACCUUCACCACAAUAAAUAGCAAUUUAAUCCAUAAAACAAAUUGACCUUUUAUUCUGACCAAAGAUAAUAUUGGUGGCUUGUUGACUGUAUUUGGAAAAGCAUGUUAAUUCCCUAACUUGGGCAGAAAGAGUGCAUGGAAUCCAAUAAAUGGUGAUAUAUACAUAAUAAAUGCUUCUUACACAUAUAUCGAAUUCAGCUGAUGCAAUUAUAGGAAACAUUUUAUCGAGAGAAGCAGAGAUGUCCUGUUACCAUGGAAUUUGCAAAAGGAGCAAUAUAUUUAGCCCAAUAAAUGGUGAGAUAUACAUUAAUGCUUCUUAACAAACAACCCAAUUCAGCAGACACCAAUAACAAACAUUAUAUUUAGAAAUGUCACCUUUAGAUUUUUCAAAAGGAGCUCAUUGCCCAAUAAAUGGUGACAUAUACAUUAAUACUUCCAAACAUACAGAUACACACUCUCAAUUGUAGACACACAAUCUCAUUGAUUUGAAGCACUCGCUGACUGACACACUCACACAUUCUUGCAAAAACACACAAAAAUGAAAUAUUAUUUCUGGUUUAUUUUUUUAGGUAUAAAAAAAAAUAGAUCUCGUGUGGGUGCUCUCCCUGGGGUCCAGUGACGAGAGGCUUCCUGGGGUCUAUUAGGGAAUGGAUGUUUAAUUUCCUCUCUGCUCCCUCUGUAGUGGGGCAGGAGUGACGUCCUAUUCCGGCUCUCUGCCUCACUACAGAGAAGAACUGGAAACACAUCAGCGCUCCCUCGCUGCCCCCUCUUCCUCCCACUUUGGGGUUACCCUAAGGUUGCCAGUCAGCCACCACCUGGGCUCACUGUGACAGCCAUUGACCUACUCCUUACUGCACCCUCUACCUUCUAGUGGGCGUCAUGAGGAGCUGUGAGCAGCUUCCGAUCCUCUGCGCUCCCUCAGAAAGAUGUGAGUGACCUUAGAAGGAACAGUGGUUAGAAGCCCAAUUCACACGUGGAGAGCUAGGCUUGGGGUUAGCCAGAAGCAUAAAAGUGUGACUGCCAUCAAUGCGCAUGAAAAUAGUCAUAAAAAGUGAUUGCCAAAAGACGCAAAGAAAUAUGCAAAUCCCAAAUCCAAAAAAUGAAUAUGUGAACGAAGAUGCUCAAUCAACUGUAUAUUCUUCUAGGAAAUUGUCCAAUAACCUCUUUUCAAAUUGUUUUCACAAAUGUCUCUUGCUUCAGCAUACCUUCUGAUUCUUUUUUGGUCCAUCUCAACAUAGAAUGCAAGGGAAUAGGAACAAAAUGUGUGCAUACAAGCUUACUAGGACCAUGCAAAGAGUUUUUAAGCAACUGAAUUUGAGGGUUAUCAACACUGACAGAUUGAUCAAAGCAUUUUAGCUGUGAUUAGAUGGGUUUCUGUGCGUCUAGUUAGUUUGAGGCAGCAGCUGAUCUGAGGUGUGACACCGACAAAGGCCUCUAAAUUUUUUUUAAUCUAUUUAUGGGUCCGUAAUUGGCUGAAGACCGGAAAUUCCCGGUUUACCUAGCAUUAUCCUCACUGAUCUGAUCUGCUAAUCGUGAGAUGUUUGAAGCACUGAGUGGUUCCUUCUUUGAUAGCUGUUCUGUAGUUCUAACAUUUUGACACCUAGCAGAUCAGGGAAAUGGGAAAUAAUAUUGGAAGAAAGGUGGGCCAACAGUCACUGAGUUAAACAUUAAUAUCUUCUAAUAUAGGUGCCGGCAAAUGUCAGCUACAAAGUUAGUGAGGGGGACUGAUCAAUCGGUCAGUCUUCAGACAGAAUGCUCUAUAUGUGUUAUUGUAUUGUCUGUAGCCUGUACUGUAGUGUAAACCAAGCCAAAGCUUGAACUUGUCCGUCCACAUAAUACCAAAUUAAAGAUUACACACUCUGUUUAACACACACCCAUAAGUGGGGGUUAAACAUGUACUUAAAGGGACACUGUAACAUCUCGUUGCAGUGGCUACAGUGUCUAGAGUCACGUGGCACCAUCCUUCUAUUCUCUGUUAAACUGAUUUUAAUUGCUUAAUGUUACACAUGAGUCCCCAGCAGCCCAUCCCCUCUGUGUUGCUCAGACUGCUGAAGCAUUAGUCUGAGUAGUAAUGGUCGGCUGUGAUUGCUGAGUGUCAGCUGACUGCUUUCAACCUAUAACCGUGCCCAUACAGGUAUGAAUCCGUAUGGCUAGAAGGAAGUGUGUAAUCUCUGCCUUAACCACACCUUCCGUAUAUGGCAGGUUUAUGGGAAGCCAAGGACCCUCAUUCAGUGUUAAACUACUUUAUGAACCAUGCCGUGUGUGUGUGUGUACUUGUCAUUUCAGACUGCUUGCGUCCAGUGGCAUAACCAGAGUUAGUUGUCUGGGGCAGAGCAAAAUUGUUUUAUUUUUUUGUAGGCCCAUACAUUUUUAGGAGAGCUGGUAGGAGUCUCUCCCUGGGGUCCAGUGGGGCUCCUGCAAUCCCCCAGGUCCUCACACUGAUCCGGAGUGACCUCAUAUUCCAUCACCACAGAGGGCGCACAAGGGAGCAGUCUGAAAAACUGGAAGAUAGGCACUGUUUGAGUCCAGUCUCUUCCUUCUUAUGGCCAGUCCUCUCCCUCUUGUAAAUGUUCUGUUCAGUCUGAGGAGGUAGAUCCAUACACAGAUCAGGCUCCACAGAUUGAAUACCGCAAUCCCAGAGUGCUGGAGCCAGCAGACACUAGGCAGGAGCUAGGGGGGAGGGAUUUUUAACAGACCGACAGCGGCAUACUCUGCCUAGUGGGAAGUCUAGCCUUGACCGCAAAUGGCAGUGAUAGGCUGGCAUCAGUGUGUUAACCUGAAUUAAGUAUUCUAAGCCGGUUCAGCAAUAAAUAUUGACAUUGACGUGUUAAUUCCGCAUCGUUAACGCAGCUCCGGCAAGAACCAUCUCAAAGUGAUGUGGAGAGUACAUUUCUUGUCAAAGUAGGUGUAAUUUGCAAACUGCUAGAGGUUUGAGAUUUGAAUACAUUUUGUCCUAAAGAAGAGUUAAUCUAUAAAUAUUAUUAUAUUAAUCUAUAGAAUUUAGAUCACUUGCAUAAAAUCAAUUAAACAUAGGUUUGUGCUUGGGUCCUGUGACUUCUCCUCUGUGUUUAACAAUCAUUGUUUUUGUGAAGUUUUCAGAUCGCUGCCAAUUUAAACAUGGAGUGCUAUGCUCUUGUGUUUGGCGUCAACACAUUCAUUGCUUUGGUUCUUCAGACAUUAAUGACUUUAAUAGUUGUAGACUCCAGCGGCCUUGGACUGGAUUUAUUCACACAAGUAAGUGCAUUUUUUUUUGUGUGUGCUUGUCAAAGUUAAAAAUCUAAAGGUACAUUAGUGGUAGAUGCAAAUAAAGAGCAAUUGUAGUGUAGUAGUUGCCGUUGAAAACGGUGAAAUCAUUGUGCUAAUUGAUUUAGUUUUGCUCCAGAAUGGCACAUCUUAAUCUCCACGUUAUUAAAGUGACAUGUAUCACUUAUUAUAUUAUUUAUAUAGCGCCAUCAGAUUCCGUAGGGCUGUACAAUGGGACUUGACAAUUUGUUUUUUUUAAACCUGCAGGUAAACUUUUUUAAACAUGUAUACAAAACAAAGUAACAAUCUUUGAAAAGUAUUGAAUAAAUGUUUUAAAACUUACCAUAAACUUUGUCAGAUUGCAUUGUUUGACACAACUCUCAGCUGGGCAAGUUUCUUCAGCCUCCCAGAUAUCUCCAUUUCAGACCUGCCCACUAAUGACAGAAACAGGGCAUCAUGCUGCUGCUGGUGGGAGAAACCCAACAUCGGAACCUGUUGCAUGUUCUUGUGAAGAGAACUUCCAACUGCACAUGUGCAAAUCUUUCAGAAAUGCCCAGUUUACUUUUACAGCAUUCCUUAAGAUAGAACACUGGUUAGAUCGGUGUUUUCCCUGAUGUGAGUGUGUAAAGUACAAGAACAAAUAAGCAGGUAAACAUGAAAGAAAUCAUAUUUACAUGCUUUUUUUCAGCCUGCAGAGUGGGGCAGCUGUCUCCUUUAAAGCUAAACCUUUUGAAUGAGUUAUCUUAAAGUUAUGCAUCUCCCUUUUCUCAACCUAAAGAAAAUAUAUUGGAAGCUAUGUAUAAAGGGCACAAAGCUGUCCAUGUGUAGCAGCAUGAACUGUCUGUGGCGAUUGCUCCACCAAAAUUGCUUUUAUGUAAUACUCUAGCUCUUACACCAAGGAUGUAUUUUCCUUUGCAUGAUAACUUUGCGGUACACUUUCACUGCCUUGCGUACAGCUCUAGAUUUGAGGUUUAGUAAUAAAACUAUCCAAAAACAGAUUAAAUAAAAAAUAAAAAAACCUGCCUUAAAUGUAUUACUUUUUUCCCUCAAUGCGAAUAUACUUGCUCAUUUUAAAUGUUUUUAGCUUUUCUUUUCUUUUUUUUUCAUUUCUGUGAUCUAGGUAUUCAUGUUGAAACUAUCACCAAUUUGAAUGCAUUAUAUAGACUUUCCCUUAGAAUGUCCCGCUUCUAAUUUUUCUUCAUAUUUGCCUCAUAUCAGAAUGGAGAAUGGACUGACCUAUCCUAUAGCAGUGAUGGUGAACCUAUGGCACACUCUGUGGGCACGCGGCCAUAGAUCGCUAGGGUGAGGGGGCAGCUGGUGCCGGUCGGCAGCAAUGCAGAGUAGCCACCUGCCUGCCCAAAACGGCAGGCGCCUACGCUGCUUUUGUAUAGGGAGGGGGGCGGGAUCUAGGAAGCAGCUCUCAUGUCCUCCCGCGAGCAGGCUAUGUAGAGCAUUGACGUGCGGUCCCAUGGAAACGCUCCACACAGCAUUGCGCGGGCGGACAGGAGAGCUGCAGCCAGACACAUACUUACUACCACAGGACCACCUGGGCUGGCUGUGUCCCACCAAAGGUGAGGAGAGGGGGGGGAAUAAAGAUUUUAAUAAUGGGUCAGGAUUAUAAUAAAAAAAUAACACAUUUCCUACCUGCAGCACCCCACACACACACACGCACCCCACAGCACUCUCUCCCACAGCAGACUGUGUGUGUACUCCGGAGUGUCUGUGCGUGUAUUCAGCGGUGUGUGCGUGUAUUCAGCGGAGUGAGAGGAGAUGCUGGGGGGAGAGGAGAGGGGAAUUGUAUGAGUUGUUUAUACUAAAUUUAAACCUCCGUAUUCAGGUUUAAUGCCAUGUUGGCAUUUUGAGGAAAAAAAGUUGGCAUCUAUUGUGGUUUGGGCACUCAGGCUCAAAGUUUCGCCCUCACUGUCCUAUGGCAUUCUAAAUAGGAAUUAAUAAGAAGGCAAGCUUGGAUGACAUCAAUUUUUUAAUUAAACCAAAGUUACAAUUAUAUUAGCCGUGAGAUUAAUGGAGAGGUUAGUUGUGAAACAAGUAUUGAGCUUGGGGGGGAAGUUGCUUUAAUUUGCGUAACAAGGAAGCAGACUGAUGUGUAAGAAACUGGCAUAAAUUUAUAAUGGAUUAGGUUUAAUGUCAUGUGACCUCCAGCUACGUCUAAGCGUUUAGAUAAAUUACAUUUGUUUUAUAUAUUUUUUUAAAAUCUUUUUCACAUAUUAAUCUUCUUGUUUUCUUUACAGUUCAAGAUUUAUGCUGGCUAUUUUGCAGUCAUAUCCUUGAUCUUUUUUGUGAGUGGGUUUUACCGUCUUGUAAAAAAAUGCCAAAGGAAACAAGAUACACAACAAUCAUCAGGGACUUGACAAUUGGCAUUGAAGUGACUGAGUGGGAGAAAUGUACCUUGAAUGUAUGGCGCAUUGGGUACAGUUAGGACUCCGGAAUGUUAUCCUACGCACAUCUUCAUUGCCUGACAAUUGACACUGUUAAUCCCGUCUAUAUGUCCAUCAUUCAUUCAUGUUUUCUUGUUGUAUGUAAUACUAUUUCAUUGGAUUUUCUAUAUGAGGUGUUUAGAUAUUCAUUGUAUAAUGAAUAUUUGUGUCCAAGAAAUGUAACUUUAGGUAUGCGAGCUCAGGUUCCUUAGGCCUUCUACACUGAUUGGCCAGGUGUGGUAGUAGUCGGACCCCAGCUACAGUGUUCUGAUGUCCUUGAUCUGAAUCUGUAGUUGGUGAUAUGUUUUAACUGGACUAACACAAUAAUCUUCACCAUUGAAUUAUUUUUAUUGUAUAUGUAUUUUUCAAUUUAAUUUCAAGUGCUUACUGCAAAAUGUAUCUGCAUUUAUGUCACCGAUUAAUGUCCAGUGCGCAUGAGGGCAUUAGGACAUUUGGAGUGGCAGCAUAAUUUUGAUGUCAAGCUCACUAUUCCUGCGGUAGUAUCUACAAAUAUUAUUCCAUUCGAGGCCUUACUUAUUAUACAGUAAUUUUACAAUUCUUGCAAAAUAUAACCAAGAUAUCGAAAUCUCCUUCUGUAAUACAGAAUAUGUAUGUAAUGAGCUGCUUAAAUGUGUUUCAAAAAUGAUUUCAAAUUUUUUUAAAUUAUAAACCUAAAGCCAUAAAUAAGUGCACCUUACAUGAAAGUUAAUCUUCUAGGUAAUAGGUCUUGCCACGCGUCAUUAGCUAGCGGGAUACAUGCAUAUAGGUAGCAAGGCUGUCUGCUUUAUAGGAUGUUAUUUAUUAUAGCAGGUUACAGGAAUAGUGAUGGGCCUAUCUUUCUAGCAAGCAAUACAAUAGUUGCUAUUAAAAGGUAGGACAGCACUGACUUAUGUUGCACGUUCAUCAUGUCCAUUCGGUGCGUAUUUAUUCUAAAGAUGGUCUGUUAUGAAAAAUAUUUUUGUAUGGAAAUGAAAAUAAAAUUGAAUAGUUAGUUAAAUGUUAGAUUUUUUUUUAAAAAAACAUUUCUUUUACCUUACCUUUAUGUAUUCAACACAUGUAAUGGCUAUAAAGAUGGUCUCCACUGUCAUUUAUACACAGUUUGUUUUCAUUUGCAAAUGACUCAGCAGUGUUCCACAAUUCCUGGUGGGCCUCCAACAUCAUGGUGGCAGCUUUCUUCAUGGAAGUAUAGUUUGAUAUGUAGACUAAAUAUAUACAAUCAGAAGAUGAGGGUUACCCAUAUUUUUUUUUUAUGCCCACCUUUGAAUCUCUACACCCAAGUGAAUGUAGAUUUUGUUAAAGGCAAAGAGUCAGUGAGCGAAUGAUGCCCUUAUGGCUAUUGGAGAUGAUAUGAAAAAACCUUGAGCGAAACUUCUGCCGCAGAUAAUGGAAGUCACAAGUGCUCCAUUUAAUGAAUAGAGCUAGAUGCAGCAGUGUGCUUGUGAAUGGACUUGCGUUAUUCACUAUGACAAUUACAAGAAAACUUACAGGAACAAUAGGUUGAAGAGGACCCUGCUCAAAGGAACUUAGUCUAUGGGCUAUGCACUGAACUGGGAGAAUCCACUUGUACUGUAAAGGGCAUAGGUUAUUAGACUCUUGGCUUAUCCCUUUAAACUCUGAUCUUUAAUAUUAAACGGUUACUCCAGGCACCAUGAUAUCAGUGAUUUUAAGUUGACCUGGUGCUAGUUGUCUGUAUGGCAGCAUUUCACUUCAGAACACUGCACGUCUGGUGUUUAGCUCCUCUCGUACCGGAGGUGGAGCUCUACCUCCAGGAGGGUCAUUAGCUAACCCAGAACGAGAGUUCCGGGCUGGCUAAUGUAAAUUCUGUUCAUAAUCCUAUGCAUAGAAUUGCAUUCAAUGGAUGAGUAUGCAGCUGUCUGUCUCAGCCAAUGAAUGGCCUGUGGGAUCAACUUCUGGCUUAUGCAGCCCUGCAGAAGCUGGAUGUUGUCAACGGCCGUAGAUUCUCAUAGCUCGACGGACACAGGUAAGAGGGAAAACUGUUACAGCGGGCUCUAGUGGUUAUGAAGUGAUUUACAUCUGAAAGCACAAAUGAUAAUAGCAUUGCAUAUGGGAUAAACUUAUUGGUGAUAUAGAAAGUUGUGAGCUAAGUAACAAGUUUUUUUCUGUAUUUGUCUAAACUGCUGUUUGUUUUAAAAUUAUGCUAUAAUGUACUUAAGGGCUUUCAUUAUUUUCAAUCUGUAAUUUUGUAUAUGUAAAUGGAUCGGUUCCUGGCCUUAUAUGAUCAAUGAAUGUGCUACAAACCUAGCAUGAUCAGGUUUAGGUUUACAUUUUCUGAGCAGGCUUUCCUUUAAAGUGCACUUGUAUGGAAUAAGGACAGUUCUCCUGUAUAGAAUAAUAUUUUAUGCUUUUUAAAUUGGUGGAGAACACCUACUUUCUCAAUGUUUCUACUCUUCCCUCCUAUUUACAAACCAAAAGCUGAAACAGUCUGAACAUCUCUAAUCUAAAAUUCUGGACACUAAUCGUAGGGAUAAUACACACAAACACUAUUUACUUUGCUGUCCUUUUUAGGUUUUGUUUGGCAGAUUGGGUUUUCUAUAUUGAUGUGUAUAAUAAUGAAAGCCAUGCUGUCUAGGCACCAAAUUGCAAACAAAAUUUGUUUGCAUAAAACAAAUUUAUUAUAAAAAUUGUGUAUACACCAUUCCAGGGUAUUUGAAUAGUGUAUAUACAUUUUGCGUAGUAAGGCGGUUCAUAAAUUCAUGACCUUUUUCUUUUCUUUGUUAUAAUGUAUGUAUAAAUUGUAAAAAUGUUACAUUGUUGAUAUGGACUGUUGAAUCUUACUAUACAGUUUUCUUUAUGUAUAGAUGUAUUUGUGCUAAAAUGGCAAAAAAGAAAGUGUUUUAUGCUGAUGGUUUUUAUAAUGCAAAUCAAGGUGUCAUUUUGAUAUUCAACUUUUUACUUUGUAUUUCUACUUAUGUUUUUAUUUAAAUAAAGUAUUCUGGAUUAUUUGAGCAGACCAGUACAAUGUGGUCUGUGAUGUUAUUCUGUUUCAGAGGCGAUUGAUUACACUGAUUUUGAGACGAAUUGUAGGCUUCCUUGUGAAUGCUAUAUUUUUCCUGUUGUCACACCAGACCCUGGUACUGUUUCUCAACAUCCUGCUAUGGCAAAAUGUUGGAGGCAUCAGCUGAUGAGUAGAAUGACUUCUUUAAAAUAUUAAAGGGACACUAUAGUCACCUUUUCAGAGAAAAGGCAGUGUUUACAUUGCCCCUAGGAACAGUUUCAAGCAGCCAUUCCUUAGAUGGCCACUGGAGGGGCUUCCUGGCUCAGGGCUGCGCAGUAAGCAGCCCUGCCGUUCAGCGUCCCCAUGCUCUGCAUGGAGACACUGAAUUUUCCUCAUAGAGAUUGAUUCAAUGCAUCUCUAUGAGGAGGUCCUGACUGGCCAAAACGAAAUUUUAGCCAAUCCAAUGCUUUCUAUCUGCUAUCUCUAGGUCUUUACUCUUAUGCUACAGAGGACCCAUAGUUCCGUAGAUUGAGCUAUUUUACCUUUAUUUUUUUUUAUAUACCUCCCACCCUAUAAUCAUGUGGAUUUAACAGCCAAAACAGUUGAGUUCUUUGAAAAAAAAAAAAAAAGUGUAUGACCUUUACCUAUUUUCCUCCAUCCCUCCUUUUUCCCCAAAAUUUCUUCUUAAAUAGUUUGUUGCUGCAUAGUCCUUUUCAUUUACACAUGUAACUGUAACUAAAUCGAUAUGCUUUGUGUUUUGUUUUUUUGAGAAACCGUUGAAUUACUAAAAAAAAAAUUGCCCUUGAUAGUACUUCCCUUUUAAGGAAAGGUGUAAGAAACUUAAAGAUUUUCACAGAAUAUCUUAAGACUUUAUUUUUUAUUUCUGCCCACUGUCUGCAUGGUGUGCACUUUUUAGUUAUGUCAGAAUUAUAUAACUAUCAUUACACUGUGGUACAGGUAUUACACCUUUUGAUGAUAAUAUAAGGUAUACCAUUUUGUAACCUGCCCAAUGGAUAUGACUAUGAUGCUUUACUGAAUGUUAUUUGUUAUUGUCAGGAUUACUGUAUGAUCCAGCACGUAGGAUUGUGUUACACAGGUGACUAGUAGGUAACGUAUUACCGGGCCUUAAGAUGGCCGGACUAACGUACCAAAGGAUAGUCAGGAUAAUAGCUGAGGUCAGGGAACACAGAAAGGGACACAACAAUAAAGGAAUGCCAAAGGUCUUGAAUACCAGAAUACAAGGAAGUCAAAAUCAAAGCCAAAGUAAAAAAAACAGAAUAAACUUGAAUAAGGAACACGCUCUCUGACAACCAUUAGGGAAACCACGACAGGGCAAUGAGGAAAGGUAAUUCUAGGUUUUUAUACCUGUUUUACCUUUCUGAUUGGCCGGGAUCGCUCUUUGACCCCAAAACGUGCGUGCGUGACGUCAUGUGUACGACAACGUCGUUGGUCAUGUGAGCAGACAUGGGGAUAUAAUUAGCCAUGGAUCCGCAGUGGCCGGCGUCCAUUAACAUGCCGCAGGUGUUAGUCAUGCAGAUGCACGGCCGCUGACCGCAAGGUGAGUGUGAAUGUUACUUUACCCCCCUGUAACCACGGCUGGUUCCCUUAUUUACCACUAUAAUGUCUUAACGCAGGGGUCCUCAAACUCCGGCCCCCCAGAUGUUGCUGAACUACAACUCCCAUGAU